GCGAGAAUUGUGACAUUGUGUGAAUGGCAGCGAUGGUGGAAAGAGAUUUUCUUAAUAAGUUAACGAAAUUGUUUCUUCGAGUGGUAUUUCAACUUUCAUAUCAACUAAUUUCGUAACAAUGACGCGGUCUAAAAAUAAUCUAGUUCAGGCUAAGCCGACAUGGUUAGGUGUCGUUAAGAAAUGUAGAAAAAAGAAUCCAUUUACGUUUACGUACAAAACUUACGAGGGGUUUGAAUUUAACGGCACAAGAGCACGGGUCGGCGAUUUCGUUUUGGUAAAUGCUGACAGUGAUGAACCUGAUACCGUGGAAGGAUGUGAUGUAGCAAGAAUAGAACAUUUAUUUGAACAUUCAACAAGAAAAAAUGAUAAGCAUAGAGCAAAUGUGCAGUGGUACUCGAAGCCGAUGAAACUACCUGCGAGUGUCGAUAAGGAUUACAUAGAUGAGAUUUAUGAAGUCGUUGAAGACCAUAGAAAAUUUACCAACAAUGUCAGCAUUGAAACGAUAUAUCGAAAGUGUCACGUAAUCUAUGCAUAUCAAGAUGCAAUACCUAAAGAAGUACAUGAUGAGAAUAGAAGCUAUGGAAUAGUAUUUGUCUGUCGUUACAGACUAUGUACAAGAAAUUCUCAAUUUCAUAUUGAACCAGUAUUGAAUGUUGAUGAGAUAUCGUUGGAUCCUACUCAGAGUAAAUCCUACCCUAAAAAUGAUGAAGUAGACAAAAAUAGAGUGAAAUAUAUGCCAAAUACAAUUAUUACUGAUGAGCCAAGUGAUUUAUCAAGCACGAAAAAAAUAUCACAGGAAGUUGAAAGCAGAAAAGAAAAACAACUUAUUACAUCAAAGUCUAAAUCUGCUGGGUCAAAAAGUAGUUCGCAAAGCAGAUCUGCAUUACAACAAUUUUCUACUAACAAUAAUUCUAAAGCUUCUAGCACUCUGUCACCUACAAGAGAUGCUUCCAGUAUGUAUCAAAAUUCGAAUAUUAAUAAUUCUCCAAAAUCAACUCCAAGAAAAAAUCCUCUCAGAAGUAGUAGGAGAAGUGAAGUACCGUUGACUAACACUUGCAUCACCACCUUGAGAUCUAGGCCAGAUAAACAUCGAACUCCUUCCAAAAAUGAUAUUAACAACGAAGUAAUAGAAAGUACUCCAAUUAAAAGCGAGUUAAAUUGUACACUGCGAAAACGUCGAGCUUCUAGUGAUAGUAACAGCGGAGAAAGCUUAGAACCAAGAAGUCGAAGCAGCUCACCCGAAAUUUUGUCAGUCGGUAAGGCCCUCCAGCAACUUACAAGCUUUGUCAGUUAA